AUGCCUCCCGCAACAACAUCGCCAGCUGUGGUCAAAGCCAGCCCUUUGGUCAACGAAGGCGGUCUCAUCCACCGCAGUCGAGCUCGUGGCCUGCUCAACGCAGACAACCUCCCCGCACUCCAAAACUUGCUCAAACGUCAGCCCGAAGCCUAUGUCGAAGAGUUCACAGCGCAAUGGAACCACUACCAGUCCCUCCGCAGCAUUUUUGCUUCUGACCUCGACGCAGGCUUGGCAGUCGCCUCCACCGGCAUUAGGAUCAACAAGGAUCAAGCGAGCAAGUUCGUCAGCCUCAUCUCCUUUGUCACCCAACUCGCUCCGAGCUACCCCGAGAUCACCAGCGAGCUGCCCCAACACCUCUCCGAUCUGCUGCUCAAUCAUCAUUCCGCAUUGAGCCCCGAUAUCAGGGCUAGCUGCUUGCGGAGUUUGAUCCUCUUGAGGAAUCGAGAUGUCAUCACCUCUGAGGAGCUGCUUCAGACACUGUUCCCUCUCCUUAGCGUCACCACGAGCGCCGCGGUCAGGACGUCCGUACAGGCCACCAUCUUGCAGGAUAUCAAGAAUGCGAAUGCCAAAAGCAAGAACCAUCGUCUCAACCGUGUCGUCCAAGGACUCUUGUUUGGAAUCGUCCAAAAGGGCAUCGAUGCUUCUUCCGGCGCAUCUGCUCUAACGCCACCCAGAAAAGGGCAAUCUGCAGGCAAGACCGAAGCACUUUGGGCUGUCCGACUGGCAGCAAACUUGUGGAAGAAGCAAAUCUGGACCGACGCCAAGACCGUGUCGCUCCUCGCGCUCGCCUGCUUCCACCCACACCCACGAGUCCAAUCUUCCGCCGUACGAUUCUUCCUCGGCGACCUUCAUUCCGCCGAAGACGAUGCCGAGGAGUCCGGCUCCGACGACGAAGGUCCCGAUGUCGAUGCUCUUCUACACCAACGCAAGAUCAACAAGAAGACCCGCUCCGGCGACAAGAAGAUGCGUGCAGCAGCCGCGCUGUCCAAGAAGAAACGCAAAGCCAAAGCCGAGAACGCUCUCGAAGGCAAUUCCAAAGACACCGGCAACUUUGCUGCUCUCUACCUUCUCAACGAUCCUCAAAACUUUGGCGAGAAACUCUUCGACAACUUGAGCAGAGGCGAUCGCGAAAAACGUCAUACCAUCGAGAUCAAGAUUCGUCUCAUGCAGCUCCUCUCCCGUGUCAUGGGUGCACACAAACUCUGCGUUCUCAGCUUCUACUCCUACGUCGUCAAAUACUUGGCCCCGCAUCAGCAGCACAUCACCCACAUCCUCGUCUCCUUGGCUCAGAGCGUACACGAUCAAACGCCACCCGACGUCAUCACUCCUGUGGUUCGAAAGUUGUCCGAUGCAUUCGUACACCCGGGUGUCAGCAGCGAGGUCGUCGCAGCGGGUAUCAACAGUAUCCGUGAGAUCUGCAAACGUCAGCCUUGGGCUAUGGAAGAGACUCUUCUCGAGGAUCUCAUCAGCUACAGGAGGAGCAAAGAUAAGGGCGUUUGCGCAGCAGCCAGAGGUUUGCUGUCUUUGUACAGGGAGGUCAACCCGGCCAUGCUCAAGAAGAAGGAGAGGGGUAAGAUGGGCUCCCUGGCCGUUCAGGAGGGCAGGGCUGCUGUGGCAUUCGGCGUGGAUCAGGACGAGGUGCAUGGAAUUCAAGGUAUCGAUCUGUUGGAGAAGCAUCUCGAGGAGCAAGAGAAGCGAAAAGCCGAAGGCGACGGAGAUGAAGAGGAUGAAGAGGACAAAGGCUGGGAAGGAUGGGAGGAGGAAUCCGAAGAAGAUUCUGAUGAUGAAUCGGAGGACGGAUGGAUCAAUGUCUCCGAUGAUGACGACGACGGAGUUCUUCGACUUUCGGAUUCAGAUGACGAUGAUGACGACGAGACGAAAAAGCAGAAACGUACAGUCAAGGAACGUCUCGUCGCCGCCCGCGAAGCUCGACAAAAGAAACGAGCCAAGCUUCAACGCAAAGCUGAGCGUCAAUCUCGACGCGAUGCGGGCGAAGCUGACGUCGCGACCUCUGACUCGGAAUCGGAAGCCGAGCAAGACGCCGCCUCCGACGAUGAGCCCUCCUCCUCGACCGCCGCCGGCGCCUCUGCCUCUCUCACCGCCGAAGUUGACGCGGAAGAGCAGCACAUCUCGCACCUCGCCACCACGCGAAUCCUCACCCCUGCCGACUUUGCCAAGCUCACCGAGCUCCGCAUCUCCGCCGCCGAAGCCGCCAUCGCCCAAGGCGGCUUAGCCGGCAACCGAGCCAAACGACAGCUCGAAGAGCUCAAGUCCCUCAAACGAACCACCAACCCUUCGUCCUCCUUCCUCGACGAAGGUGACAUUCUAGGUCCGAGAAAGAAAGCGAAAGCCACCUACGAAGACCGUCUCGCCUCGAUCGAAAAGGGUCGUGAAGAUCGCGAAAAGUACGGAUCCAAAAAGGGCAAGAAGAACAAGGAGAAGGAAAGCUCAUCCACAAACAGGGAGAAGCAGAAGACCAAAAACUUCCAGAUGAUCGCCAGGAGUUGGUCCGUAAGGAGCAAGAAGAACGCCAGUCUCAAGGAGAAGAGCAGGAAGCUGAGGAAACACAUCGAGACGAGCAAGAAGAGGAUGAAGUAA